AUGUUGUUCGCGAUCAACGACAAGGUUGCGACAUACGGCAGCCUCCUGGUGGUGGUUGUAGCGGCGGGAAUGGUUCGAUCGAGCGUCGCUCAAACUGUGGAAAUUUGUUCGUUCUGCCGCUGCCUUGAGAACGCCAAGGAAUCGUCGAUUAUCGUGGAUUGUUUCGAAAGCAGCAGGACACAUCGGCAGCGACCUUCGCACUACUUUGAUCUGCGCAACAUGCUCUGGCCGGUUACGCCGGAGGUUUCCGGCAGUCAACCGCCCAGCGUGCGGGCUUUUUUCAAGGAUCUUAGUUUGCGGGAUUUACCAAUUCCCUUCGAGACACGAGGCAUCAGACAAGGUGUCGGUUUAUCCUGCAUGCUGUUUAACAUCGCUCUAGCGGUUGUGAUCCGACGAACGGUCAUCACCAAAGGUAGCCAACUCCUAGGCUUCGCAGAUGACUUUGAUACCAUUGCCAGGAGCUUGGCGAAGGCGGAGACAGUUUACGCCAGACUGGAAGCAGAGUCUAGGUGCCUUCCACGGACGGUAAUCGAUGACGGCGACGAACUGGUCGCUGUCAAGGGAUCGCUGGUGACCAUGGACAACAACACUCGUAAAGUGAUUCAGCGGGGCAUUAAAAAGCCUGUCGCAAAACACAUAUCUGCAAGUCAACAAGUCGUGGAACUAAGUUUCCAAAAUGUUCAUCUCGAAACAUUGCCAACUGAGCCAUUCCGAAAUGUUAGAAACCUGGAGACCCUCACAAUAUCCGGCAACAAUUUGCAAACCAUAGAAAACGAUUUCUUCGCCUUCCAAAACAAGCUGCACCGUUUGGAUUUAACGAACAAUACGCUGGUGUCGCUGAACGCUCUGGAGCGCUCCCGGUUCGAAACGUUAGAAUUCAUUGACCUAUCGUACAACAAGCUGGGGACGGUAUCGCGACAGCUGCUUUACGUCCUGCAGAACGUAAGCAUUAUUCGGCUGGAGAAUUGUGACAUCUACAGCUGGGAUUGUCCCGCCAACACACGCUGGAAAGUUCUCGAUUUGGACUGGAAUCACUUAACCGACAUUACGACUAAAACCUUCAGCGGUUUGGAGCAAUUGGAAGCACUGUAUUUAUCCCACAACAACAUCCGCAUAGUCAAUCCGCAAGCGUUUGAAGAUUUGCACCAUUUGGUACGACUGGAUCUAUCUCACAAUGAAAUAUUUAAAUUGGGACAUAACUUGAUACUGCCUAAAGCAGUGGAGAUAAUCAAUUUAGCCAACAACAGUAUUGAGCGAUGGCCUUUCGAAAAGCUUUCCGAAGUCAUGCGAGUUAUAAACAUUGAACAUAACGGAUUGUCCGAAAUCGAUCCGGACCUACCGGUGAACGUUCGGAUACUAAAUGCAAGUAACAAUCGACUGCGGAAAUUUUCCGGUGAACUGUUUCCCGAUCUCAUCCGGCUGGACCUAUCGGAUAAUUUGCUGGACGCUGUUCCCAGCAGUUUGUGGCCAAAUUUGACGACUCUGACCCUGGACGGUAACCCUAUGGAUCGGAUAUUCUUUGAAAAUCCGACGACGUUGAAAGUGCUUUCGCUGAACAGGAUGCCCAAUUUGGUUGAAUUGGAGGCGUCGGCUUUCACGAAUCUAGCUGGUGCCGACGAAUCUAAGGAGCGCGACUGUGUCGAGAUUCAUAUUGCAGGUUGCCCUAACUUGCGACGCAUAGACCCGAAGGCAUUCGAGGAAGCCAGCGUUUGUAAGCUGGAUCUUAGUAACAAUCAGCUCACAUCUAUACCUGAAGAACUUAUUGAGUGGAAAAGCUUGUACGGCGGCGUAAACCUUCAGGGAAAUCCGUUGGAUUGCAGCUGCACGGAACAGUGGCUGGUCGAUGUAAUUCUUUCGCAGCUUUAUGACAAUGCUGAUUUACAGUAUUUGCUGGACGAUUUACGCUGCCAUACCCCGCUCGAAAGGCGAGGCCAGCGAUUGGUAAAAUACCUUCACCACAGGGGCGCUUUCUGUGGCGUUGCAAAAAUGGAACGAUUACGCAACAGCCAGGACGAGGACGAGGUGGUGAAAGCCAGCUUUGGAAGUCUUGGAAGUAUAUUGUGUUCCUCGGACGACGAAAACUGCCUGCAUGUUCAUAAGGGCACUGGCUUAAUAGCGGCUUUAAGCAUGAUGCUUGUCACCCUAAUCCUUUCAGUGGUUAUGGUGGUUUUCAUUCUUGUUCGAAGGAGAAAUGAACGAAGGAAAGUGCCGGAAGGUGUGCUGCUUAUGCCGCAAUUUAGGUACUAA